CUGCAGUACACGGUAGUCGGAAAGCCGCUUAAGCAAACGUGUUAAUCAGUAUUAAAUACAAAUUGUAUUACAAACAAUGUGGAAAGUUAAAUUCUUCUUAAUAAUAUUACUUUUCUUUGUGAACUGCAUACGAGCUGAUGAUGAUGAAGAAAUAUGCGAUCACGACGAGGGCUUCAACUGUACUGAUGGUUCCUCUGUCGACUGUUUGGAAGUAUGCAAUGGCACAAAGGGUUGUCCAGAUGGUUCUGACGAAUUCUUGUGGAAUGAUAUCACAAAAAGUCCCUGUCUAAACCAGGAGUGUCCCAAUGAUCAUGUGCAGUGUAAUUAUGGCGCUUGCAUUCCAUUAGCGGCCCAUUGUGAUAACAAUUUCGAUUGCGCUGACAAAUCGGAUGAGUGGAAAUAUUAUUGCAACAUACAUAAAGAAAAUCCUGAAGAAUUCAAAUCGUGUGAGUCCGGCGAUUUUAUUCCAAAAAAUAAAUUUUGUAACGGAGAAAUCGAUUGCCCUAAAGAUCGCAGUGACGAAUUUCCACAUUUAUGCAACUUAUGGCCUUGUCCGCUCGAUACGCAUUACCGUUGCGAUUCUGGUGGAUGCAUUCCUCAAACUAAAAAAUGUAAUAACAUAAAAGAUUGUCAUGAUAAUUCAGAUGAGAAAGAUUGUAGUACGAGUAGAAAUGUAAGAAAAAAUCCGGUAUCUACAACACCAAGUCAGGGCUGUCUAAUUAGACGAGAUUCAAAUUAUUAUAUAAAAAAUGAGCUCGAGAAUUAUAUCAUUUAUCCUGAGGAACGAGUUCCCGUCAACACACGCAUUAUUAUUAAAUGUAGAAAUAACUUCGUCUUUCAUGGAAACUACUCCGAACAGAGAAGAGUAUGUGAAAGACAUGGUACAUGGAAUUCCCCACUACCGCAUUGCAUAAAAUAUUGCGAUGAAAGAAUCCUAAGCAAUAGCAAAUCUACAACAGCCCUAUGCUCCUUUCAAGGAUCGAAGGUUGAUUGUAACAAAAUAGUACCUGAUACGAUUGCGAAAGUGUCGUGUGCUGAUAGUUAUAAAAUGCCGGAACAACUAGGCGAUUUUGCUUCCUAUGAAAUGACCUGCAAAACUGAUGGAAAAUGGAGUAAAAGGAAAGCCAAUUGUGAACCGAUUUGCGGUCGUUACGCAUCAGAUAACGCAUCAGUAGCUCCAUGGCACGUAGGUGUCAAAACAGAUUUGAACGAAAGGUGCGGAGGUACUAUUGUCUCUCCAAGUAUUGUGAUAACUGCUCUACAUUGCGUCCAAUUUGAAGAUGAUCCAGCUCUUAGUUUUACAAUAAAUCGAUUAUGA